GACUUUAAAAUGGCGGUUCCAACGUCUCCUUUGAAAUUACGUGCAUGCAUGAUCUGCCGCUCACAGUUUAAAAAUAACAGCACGGACAUCAUGUUUUGAGAUGUGUAUUAUUCACUGAUAAAAAUAAACACUCCUGGCUUGAUCCAAAAUGGAUUCUGUUGUUGGAGAGGAUCAAACCUUGCCGUUUGACAUCAAUAUGAGUAUUUCAAGACUGCCAGAGUCUCUGAACGGCAGCAACUUCAACAUGGACAACAUUUCAGUUCCUCUGUUUUCAGAGCAGAGGAUGUCUCCAGCCAAAGCUCUGACCAUGAAGGACUAUGAGAAUCAAAUUACCGCUCUGAAAAAAGAAAACUUCAACCUAAAGCUCAGGAUCUAUUUUCUGGAGGAACGUGUACAGCAGAAGUGCGAUGAUUCUACAGAGGACAUUUAUAAAACGAACAUUGAGCUGAAAGUAGAAGUGGAAUCAAUGAAAAGAGAUCUGGCCGAAAAACAGGAACUGCUUGUCUCUGCAUCGAAAGCACUGGAGAGUUUAGCCAGUCGAGGUGUUGAUGAUGGCAGAGAGCAGACACGGAGAGAAAUGGACUCGCUCAGAGAAGCGUUUAAUGCUCGGAUUCAAGAACUGGAGGAGUCUCUGAACGCUGCUCAAGAAGAACUGGAAAACAUGGCCAUCAUUGCAGAACGGGAGAAACUGAAGAAUCUUGGGUUAGAGAAAGAGCUACAAGCUGCCAAUCAAUCAAAACCUUCAGGUGAUUCAGACUCCACCCCUAAGCGAGUUCAAGAGCUCCAACAAGUUCUUCAGCAGAAGGAAAGUGUCAUUCAGCAACUGCAGGUGUCGCUUAAGGAUCAGGAUGCCAUGAUUGGAGAGCUUCGGAGGAAUAGCUUGGACAAGCCAAUAGCAGAACAGGUGGCCCAGUUGAACUCUCUCAUCAGCCAAAAAGACAAACAAUUACAGACUCUCACAGAAGACCUAGAGCGUGAGAGAGAAAAUGCAGAAAGAGACAAACAGAUGUGCGUUGAAACACAGACGGAGUUGAGCAGAUUGGAGCAGAAGACCAAACAGCUGACUGAAGAACUCAAAACUGCCAAGAGCAACAGCCAACAGCUCCAUCACACGCUAGAGGAAACUGAGAGAGACAAGAAGGCUCUUUCUGAUGAGCUGCAGGAGAGAGAGGGCGAGCUGGCAGCAGAGAAGAAGAACUCUCUGAAACGUGACAAAACCAUCCAGGGCCUCAGUCUGGUUCUCAAAGAGAAGGAGAAAGAGAUUGAGGAUUUAUCUCGUGAUCUGGAGGAGAGGGAUCAGGCUCUGGCUAAGGCGAGAGAGGCCCUUCAUAAAGCCAAAGUGCAGAAAUAUCAGGCAUAUGAAGAUCAGCAGUCUUUGCUUCUGGAGCAGCAGGCCGAAUUGUCGCAACUUCAGACGGAGGCUCGUUCAUCCUCGCUGGAACUUCAGAGAUUGCAACGUGUGCUGGGAAACCGAGAUUCUGAGCUCGCCCUGCUCCAGCAGGCUAGAGGACAACUGGAACAGGAACUAGAACAACUACAACAGCAAAAGAAGAAGGGAGACAAAACUAUAAAUGAUCUGCAGAAUCAGUUAAAGAAGCUGAACGGCUCUCUGGCUGACAGAGAGAACGCUCUUGAACAACAGCGUCUAGAACAGCAGGAGCAGAACCGAGCUUCAGAGCAAAAACUGCAGAACGCCAUAGAACGUCUCGCAGCCAACCUGAAUCAUAAAGACCAACAGCUACAGGACUACAUGAACAUGGUGAAAGAUCUGGAGAAGAACAGAAAUCAAGAGGGCGGUGAUGCCAUGGUGGCUAAACUCAGAGCCAGACUGAAGGAGAAAGAGCAGGCUUUGGAGGAAGCCCUAGAUGAUAAAUUUGCGGUCGUAGAAGAGAAAGAAAAUGAGAUGCAUCUCUUGAAGCUGAGUCUGAGGGAGAAAGAGAGAGAUGUGGAGCGUCUCAACAACCUGCUCUUACACAAUGAGGAAACCAUUAACAGCUUCGACGCUCUCGUAAAGGAGCGAGAUCUAGAACUGCAGCAGCUGUUGAACUCACUGAAGAAUCUUCAGAGGUGUAAAGAUGAGACGGAGGAGAACCUUCAGAGAGCUCUGAGAGAGAAAGACUCCAUUAUACAGCACUUACAGCAAGCUCUGGACAACAAGAUUAAAGAUCUGGAGGAGAUGGCCAAUACGGUUCUCAGCCAGUCAGAGUCUCAGGGACGAGACCUGGCCGAGCAGAUGAGUCAGAGGUUAAAGGUGGCCGAGGUCAUGCUGUCUGAAGCAGUGAAGGACAGAGAGAGGCUGGUGUCUGAGAAUCAGUCCGCUGUAGAAAACCUGCUGGCCACCAUCAGCAGCAAAGAUCAACUACUUGGGGAAAGUGCAGAGCAUCACACACAGGCUCUAAGCGAUCGUGCAGCUGAAUUGCAGGAUCUGCGCAAACAGCUGGCAGACACGCAGCUGCAACUCAGAAACGCACAGAGAUUGAGCGCUACGGCAACACAGGAGGGUCACGUGGAGAACGCUGAACUCUGUGCCAUGUUAUCAGAGAAGGACGCCCUCAUCAACAAGCUGCUAGAACGUGGACAGGAGAAAGAUCGCAUCCUGUUGGAAAUGAGGAGUGGUGAGGCUCCGCCCCCUCAGCUGCUGGAACUCAGACAGACCAUUCAGGUGCUGCAGGAGCAAUUCGAUGAGAGAGAAGCCGAGCUGAGCAAGAGAUACAGUGAGGAAAUGCUGGAUCAAACUGCAGUCAAUAAGAAAUCAUCAGUUGUUUUGAAAAAAGAGCUGGCUCAGAAAACCGAAGCUCUUAACGCAGCGCUAAAGAGAGAAAACCAGCUCAAGAUUUCUCUAGCAGAGCUUCAGUCCACGCUCUCAGAACUUGAAGCGAGAUUAGAGGGACAGACGGCCAAUAUUGAAAGUCUUGCGUCCACACUCAACACUAAAGAGGAAAUCAUUAGCGAGCUGCACCAGCGUUUGGCUCGGAGAGGAGACGGCCGGCUGCCUCUGACCCGCGACCAAGCCACCCAACCCGGUGUGACUGAACCCAGUCUUUCUUCUCUUCCUCAAAGAGAGAGUACCCUCAUUGGAGGAGACAGCCAGCGUGAGGAUCUGCCAUCCCUGUCCGAUCUGCUGGCUGAGCAGGUGGAGUUAAACCGCGCUCUGAGAGCCGAGCAGCAUCUUUACUCCACUCUCAUCAGAGCUGUCAAACAGCACGACAGUGUUGAGAGGCUGCAGGCGCUGCAGUUGGAGCUCACAGCCGUGUCACUCCUCAGACAGCAGCUGGAAUACGGCGUUCAGAUGAACGAGAAGCUGAGAGAUGAGCUACAGAGAGAGAUCCAAAAAGCCAAGCUGACAGAAGGUUCAAACCCUUCUGAGUUAGAGAGCGUGCGUGAUGCACUAGAGGAAGCUCAGCGCUGGAACGCAUCUCUGCAGGCACGUCUGGGACAGAUUCAGAACAGAGGAGGAGGAGUGGGACAGGCCAACGACUCUGUGGACACACUGAGUUUGUUUGGCGAGCAGACGUCCUAUAUGAGUAUAUGCUUGGGCGAGGGACCAGAAGAGGAGCUUCAGCACCUGACUGUAGAACAACUUAGUCUAAAGAUCUUGGAGCUACAGGCAGUGAAUGCUGAACUACAAAAGAAGUUGGUACCUAUGGAGAAGGGCACUGUGGGUAAUAAUCCAGAAGACUCUCAGACAGAACCAGACUUCAUCAACCUUUCAACUCCUACUAAGCAAACACAGGGAAAGCAGCUACCUGCCGCUAAAGAUGAACAUCCAAAUGUAAAGGUACGUAGGUGUUUAUGGAAUAAACCCUUCUCAACAACCUCAACAAGUCUGUGUGAAAUGCUAAACUCAAGGCAAUUUUGUAUUUGUGUUGUGUCUGAAUCUCGGUCUUGUGUUUCACUGUUGUCCCAUGUGUUGUUGAUUUUCAAGGAGAAAUGUAAUGAGGAGGAUUGUUAUGGUGAAGGUCAUCAGACGUCGCUGAAAGAUCAAGAUGCAGUACCACCAACUUCCAGAACUCUCAGGGAUGAACCUGAAAAGGCAGAAUUGAAGUUGCUCCUCACAGACUGUGGGGCGGAGUCAGUCUCUCAGCUCAGAGAGCAAGUGGCCAAACUGCGCUCAGAAGCGACUGAGCUCCGUGGACUUUUGAAGGAGGAGCACGCCACUGACUCCAAAGAAAGCGCUGAGAGUUCCGGAGAAAGCGACAGCCAUGGAGACCUACAGCAAACCGUCAAGAUGCUCCGCUCGGAAGCCAAAAGUCACAGAAAGAUCAUCCGACUACUGAAAGAGCAGCUCCAGCAGAAAUCAGCCAAAGGUCAAUUCAACACGGAGCUGAACGUCAAAAUUGCCACUGAGAUGGAAGGAGUGUGGACGGAAACUGAAGAUUCACAGAGACACUCCCAGACCUCAGAGAAACAGCAACAGGUGAAAGAGAGCGAACAGAAAGAAAAGAAAGAAACGCAGGAGAAAGAAGAGAAAAUUCAGGGACAAUCCACCAAACUCAGCAGGAAGCAACACAUGGCCAGACAUGCAGCAUAUGUCAAAUCACGGCUUCCGGUUCCUGUGCGACCCAGUAAAAGCUCCGGGCAGAGUUCUGAGGACCUGAACGAGGUGAUGUCGGACCACGUCAACCCUUGGCGCCAUGAUCUGAGGGCAGCUGAAGAGUCAGACUACACCUCUGACAGCAAGACAUCUUUGAAAUCCGCACAGCACGUACACCUUGAAUUGGAUCAAGUCAAAGACUCCAAAAGUCCAACCACAGGACUGAAACCGACGGGUGACGCUGGACAAAACACAGACCCGAAUCUUGAAUCCGAGCUCGUGCUGCAGUUAGAGUUGCUGAAUCAGGAAUGCCAGGAGAAGGAGGAGCUUAUCUCCUGCCUGCAGCAACAAGUCCAGGUGUGGGAGGAGCUUCAGGUGCAGCUACAAGAGAAAGACAGGCUCAACCGAGAAUACCUGGAAGCCCUGCAGGCGGCAGAGUCCACCAUCGCGUACCUCACCGCGUGUAGCUUGGACUCCGAGUGCGGUCUGGGUCAGACGGGAGACGUGUCGUUGCAGCAAAGGUGUGCAGAACUUCACAAGGCUGUUGAAGAGAAAGACGGACUCAACGCUCGGAUGUUGGAGUGCUUGAACACGGCGGAGUGCGCAAUCAUGUCACUCGGCGGUGUGCACACAACAAGCCAAACCUUUGGACAAGUAGAUCCUCAGGUUGUUUGUGAGAGGUUAGAGGACCUGAUUAAACGAGUCAGAACUUCUAAGCAGAAUGAGGAUGGAUCGGUGAGGCCAUCAGGGGAAACUCAUAGCCUCGGACCUCUGAAAGAGUUGCAGCUGUGCAGGAUGAAUGCAGAGCUGCAGGAAAAGCUCAGGACUGCAGAGUCAGUUGACUUGAGUGAAACUAGCAAACACAACGGUGCCCUCACUGGUCUGGAGGGGAGUUACACUCACAGGCCACAAGAAGGAAAAAUCCCAUCAUGGCAACAUCGGCAGCUUACAGACUGUCUGUCUGAGUGCAUCAGAGCCGCUGAAGGUGCCGCCCAGUCUCUCGCAGACGUCUGCUCAAGCCAAAACCAGUCUCGGGUGAACUCGCCCAAUCCAGAGUUAAAGCAGUGGCUGGACAGACUGCAGCGUGCCUUCCUGGAGAGAGAAUCUCUGGAAGACUCACCCGGCACUGAGGGACACCAACAAAAGACAAGCACACCCAUUCAACAGGGACGAGAGGACCAGCACAGCUCCAAACCAUCACACCAGAAGAAUUUACUGAAGCCCUCACGACAGAAUCUUUACAACAACCUGUUGAGGAUUCUUGAAAUUCAUACUGAAGGUUUUCAGAAUAUGAAUAAACUAGAGGAGGGGGUUAAAUGUAAACUCGACGGGCGUGGAGGAGGUGGAGAUGCUUCUGAAAAUUACCCUAUCGAGAGGGACGCACUCAUCCAAAGUUUGCAGAAGGCCCUGAGGGAAAGACAGAGGGCGUGCCGGAAGUUAGAGGAGAAGCUGGCGAUAGCUCAGUCCGUCACCACUGUGCACGGCUCAAAUAAAGACAAACAAUCCCAUCGGUGCAAAGCGCCCCCUGGUGAACGGGAUGAUAAAGGGGUGCAGGUGGAGGCGCAGGACCUCGGGUACGAAACGAGUGGGAAGAGUGAGAUGGAGAGAGAGGAAGGAAGUAGCACAGACGUGGACGGUGUCCUGCGGCUGGUUCCUGUUCUGUCUCCUGAGCUGCAGAGGAAUCGGGACAGGUUUUCUCCUGACACUACAGCAUCUAGCCCCUCGUACCCCAGCUCUCCGGGCCUGAGCUCCCCUCGACCCUGUCCUUCUGACCUCGUCGACCCCUUCGCUGACCCCGCCCUGCUCCGUCAGCACCUCCAGAGGCUCAGAGCGUAGGUGGAAGAGCAGCACAGAACCAUCCGGCACCUCCAGCAACAGCUGCGCAAGAAAUCUUUAUCGUCCGAGCUCCUGAGCGUGACCUCUGACCUCACAGGAGAUGAUGAAGAAGACAGAAAGCUGAUGAAGGAUCAAAUCGCCCAACUCAACGCUGAGCUGGAGAAAGAGAGAAGCCUAAGCAGAAGCAGCCAAUCAGGAUCUCCGUCUAGAAUCGAGUCUCUGGUCCAGUCUCAGGCCCGGGAGUUGUGCGAGCUGAGGGAACAGAUCCGCGUGUCUCGUGGUUUGGGUGUAGAACAGCGUAAACAGCUGCUGGAGCUCAGAGGAGCUCUGGAGGAGUUACUUCAGCCCAGCGAGACUCAGGGAACUCAACUCGGAGAGAGACUCGACCGCAGCCUGAGUCUGCUGGAGAAACUCGAACAGGGGGGUGGUGGCAUAGAGAAUGAGGAGGGGGCGGAGUCAGAGAUGGCCCUCGGACUUUCUGCAGAUCUGCAGGAGAAAGACCGGCUCAUUCAAGCUCUGCAGAAACAACUACAGUUACUAGUUCCCACAAUGCAGCAGUUCUCAGACUCUGAGAUGAGUGACCGACUGUCCAAUGAUGGCACCAGCUCCUUCCACGGCAGCCCCCCCGCUCUCCGCAGGCAAAGCCCCAGCAGAACUCUCACAGGUCUGAAGGCGACCAAUGGUGAUACGUUUCCAGGUCAGGGGUCAGUAACCAGAGGCGUGUCUGUUGAUGUGGGCGUGUCUGAAGGCGGAGAUGGGAGUGUCCUUAUGUUGCAAUGGGAAAACGGGCGUCUGCAGGAACAGUUAAGAAGCAGCGAGGAGCUGAAUGCCACACUCCACAGUGAGCUGGACCUGACACGCUCCAUCCUGAAACACAGCCCACAGAAACACAUGACAGACAGACCAGCAGAGCAGCAGAACUCAUCAGACAGCAAGAACAUCAACUCCGAUUUGUUGGCCGAACACUUGCAGGAGAUCAGAGUGCUGCGCCAGCGUCUUGAAGAAACCAUCAGAACCAAUGAGAGACUUCGAGAACAGUUAGAGAGAAAAUUACUGGAGGCUGAGAAAGAUUCGGCCACCAACAUCUUCAUUGCUGGUUCUGAGGAUCAGGCUCACAUCAGCAGUGAGCUUCACUUCCUGUUGACUCAAAACCACACACUUAAAGAACAGCUCAACCAGGGAGCGAGAGAUAAACAGAAGGAGAAUGAUCGUCUCCGAGAGACUCUGGCCAGACGAACAGCUAAAUUGGAGCUGAGCAGAAAAGAGUGUGAAACGCUCAAACAAGAGCGAGGUCAACUACAGGUCAACCUGAACAGAUUGCAGUGUGAAAACAAUCAUCAGAAGCAGCAGUUGUGUGACACUCAGCAGCUCCUGCAGUCUGUGCGUGUGGAGCUACAAGUGCAAGAACAUAUGAAGAACACCACACAGACGCACACAGGAGAAGGUUCUGCUUCUGAAUGUGGAUCUGCAGUGAAUCUGAACGAGCUGUUGGCUGAGAUCAGACAGCUGCGUGUGCAGUUAGAGAGAAGCAUCCAGACCAACACAACACUGAGACUGAGAUUAGAACAACAACUACUGUCCCGCUCUGACCCCAAAUCAACCAUUAACAUCAACUACCUGCUCACCAAGACAGAUGGAGCUGGUAAAUCAGAUGUUGCUCACUCGCACACAGACCGCUCCAGUCCUGCACAAGAUUGUGGCAGUUCAGUAGACAGCGAGUCUCACGCUCCAUCUCGACUUGUACCGGGUCAUCGGCUCUGGGCGGACCGGCGCGGCCGUCAUGUUCUGGGUCUGAUAGAAGAUUAUAACGCCCUGCGCAAACAGAUGAGUGAAGCCCAGAGUCUGACCGCUGAUCUGGACACACAGAUACAUGACAACAGCCAGGUUCUAGAUCAGUUUCAGAUGAAGGGAUUCUCCAGCAGUGUCAACACUAUGCAGCAGGUUCUGGAAGAAGCCGCACGGCUUCUCAAACUGCUCUGGAGAGUCUCACUGCCCUCAGGAGACGCCUUACACACUCAACAGGACGAGCUGUUGAGGAGUGAGAUCUCUCGUCUGAAGAGUCGUUUGUCUCAGCAGGAGAGAAUGCUCACUGGCGCUGUUAAACGCCUCAGAUCCACCAAUCAUCUGAAGGAGGGCAUGGAGCGUGUCAUCAUAGACCAGCUGUCUCUGACUUACGGUGUGCUGAAGAGGGCCAGAGGAAACCUGGAGUGUAACUAUCUGAAGGUUGUGCAGGUUGAAGGACGUCCCACUGAAUGGCCAGUGACUAAUGUGCAAACAUUCUUUCCGUCCGGCCCACAGUGGGAAGCAGGCAGGGAUUCAGCGUGUUCAUCCCACUACAGCUGUUAGAGAUGUUGGACUGAUUUCACGUUUGAAUUUUAAUGCAAUUCUAGUGAUGUUUGUCCUUUCAAGACCCGUCUUUUUAUUUAUUUUUUAUCCUUCUGAGGUACGCCGAUACAGUUUAGCAAAUAUUUGCACAUACACAUCAAGCAAUUAACAUCACAGUAAAAGGGAAUGUUUUUAAGGACUAUCUUGUAAAUACUUUUAAUGUUAGUUUUAUACUUUUUUCCCCCUUUAAAUAGUUCCUUGUUAACUUGUCUGUGCUGUAUUACCCUGCUCAAGCUCAGUAAAGAUCUGCUAAUAUUUUGAUCAGAUGUGUACACGAGUUUAUACAUGCACAUUAAAAGAUUUCAUGAAUUAGUCUCUCUCUUCUGUC